AUGCAGCCGACAAGGUGUCUGCUCAAGCGGUCCGUAUGGAAGGGUCCACACAUUGUGCCUUUACCACUUGUGCGGCCUGAACCCGGCAAGAAGAUUCCUCCAAUCAGGACACAGGCGCGAUCGGCUACUAUUCUUCCCAAUUUUGUUGGGCUCAAGUUCCAAAUUCACAAUGGCAAGGUUUACCAUGAGGUGACCAUUACUGAGGAGAUGGUGGGCCACAAGCUUGGCGAGUUCUCUCCGACACGCAAGCCGUUCAUUUGGAACAGGAAGUAA